UUUUAUUUAAGGUAUUUCUCAUCUCUAUCAUCCUAGACUUUUUAAAUUGCGUUCGCUUCGCUCGGUUUGUCCUUUUUGUCCCUCCCGGAGGUCCGUAGUGGCGGUUUCUUGAGCUACAGGCGGAUUGCAAAACAAAACAUCUUCAACCACUUUGCCGGUUAUAAAUUCAUCUUUCACGGUGUUACCAUGGAGGAGGUGACCCGCCUGGUGUCGACAGGAGAUUGUGUGAAGAUCUGGGAUGCCGUUUCCAUGGCGCCACUGGAGCAGUUUAACCCCCACAGCGCCAGUCACCCUGUGGCACAGGCCUGCUGGAGCUCCAACAAGCAGUACCUGGUCUCAGCCAGCAGCAGUGGAGACAAACUGGUCGUUUCCAGCCUAAAAUCUUCGGCUGUUACAGUCCUGGAACUGGCCGAGGGGAAAAAACAAACACGUGUGUGUCUCAGCUCGUCCUCUCAGUUUGUGGUCAGCGGCGGCCUGGAUCACUGCGUGCACAUCUGGGACCUGAAGACCAAGAGACUGCACCGCUCGCUCAAGGAUCACAAAGAGGAGGUGACCUGCGUCUGCUUCAACGCCAACGACAGCUACAUCGCUUCGGGCUCCACCAGUGGAGAUUUGGUCCUCCACAGUCUGACCACCAACCUGUCGAGCAAAGCCUUCGGACAGGGCAGCAGCCAGCCGAUCCACGACCUGAGGAUGUCCACGCUGAAGCGCUCCCUGCUGGGCAGUGUGUCCGACAGUGGCACCGUGGUCCUGUGGGACUCCAACACGCAGAAGGAGCUGCAUGUGUUUGACAGCGCCCACAAGGCCCCGGGCUCCGGCCUCGCCUUCUCUCCCGCCAGCGAGCUGCUGGUGGUCAGCGUCGGGCUGGACAAGAAGAUCGUCUGCUACGACACGGCCAGCAAGAUAGUCCUGAAGACGAUCCGCUCCGACAGUCCUCUGACGGCGGUGGACUUCACUCCGGAUGGUACCGGUCUGGUGGUGGGAUCCACUCAGGGGAAGAUCUAUCAGUAUGACCUGAGGAACUCCAGCGCCCCCACCAGGGUCACUGUGGCACACAAAACCUCAGUGACCUGUCUGCGUUUCCAGGGCAACGCCAGCAGACUCAAGUCCAGUAAACUCGGCCCUUCAAAGAUCGGCAGCGCUACGAGAUCCUCUUCAAAGCUGUCAAACAGCCAGUCAGAAUCCACCCCCACAGGCCCCGCCCCCCACAGACAUGUGACCAAUACAGCAGGGGGCGCGGGUGUGGAGGCGAUGUCCCGUGAAGCCGAAGGUCAGCAGGGGGCGGAGCAGCUUCCUGUGGUGGAGAAGUUCAGCAGCAUUGGACGAAACAGUCUGGACAUGUUUUCACCGGCGCGGGAAGACUCCAGGACUCUCGGGACGCCCGGAGACACUCAGCUGGGGAGAACUCACGUUUCCAGUUUGGAGAUGUUCUCCAGAGAGGGGGAGGGACAGCCGGUCGUAGGUCGGGCCAGUCUGGACAUCUUCUCCCCAGUCAGAGAAGACUCUUACUCCAGUGGGGGCGUGCACCGUAAGACCCCUCUGGGAACGCCCCUGGUAGCCUCAGCGGGGCGGUGCUACAGCCCGCUGUCCACCUUCCAGACUCCGCCCCCGAUCAAAGAGGAGGAGCCAAACUUUGCGACCGCAGCAGCUGAACCGUGUGACUCGAGGAAGUCCGAGAAAGCCAGCAGCUCCAGUCUGGAGGGGGAGGGUCUGACCCCGCCCACAUCAUCCCAUCAAACCAAUCAAAGCCAGCCGGGCCUGCCCUUCUUCACCCCGGAGCCGAGCCUGAGGAGAGCCAACGGGAUUCUAACUCAGCUGAGCUACGACUCACCUGUCCCCGGAGCCCCGCCCCCCACAGCCUCAGGUGCGGCUCUGUCUGCGGCCGUCUCCUCAUCUCUCUCUCAGAACAUCGCGGAGGUGGUCGGUCAGGCAGGGGGAGGAGCUGCUCCUCUCACCUCGCUGCAGAUCCACUUCAUCCAGAACAUGAUCCACGAGACCCUGGAGGACUUCAGGGACGUCUGUCACAGAGACAUCGUCAACCUGCAGGUGGAGAUGGUGCGGCAGUUUUACAUCCAGCUGAACGAGAUCCACGGUCUGAUCGAGAAAUACUCGGUGAACGAGUCGCUGGUGGAGGAGAUCGAGAAGCUGAAAGAGGAGAAUCGCCGGCUGAGAACAAACUACUGACCCUCACAGCUGAACGGUUAUGUUGCUCUGCGCCCUGAGUUCAGCCUUUCCGGCUCCGCCUCCUUCUGCACGCUCAUGUUAAGGACGAUCCUGGGAGGGAGUUUGGAUUCCUAACAUGGAGCGAGAGUCUUUCUUCAAAAUGCAGCCAAAGAUUUUUAAAAACUGAUAAACAGAGCGGCUGCCUCUCUGCGGGCUUUGACUGAACCACAGCGCCCCCUGCUGCUGUGGAGGACUGCAGCAUCUCAAAGUUUGUGAGGUUGUGUGUUUUCUCGCUUUGAGAUCAAAUGUCCAAAUGAGUGUAAAAAUAUUGAAUUCUGUGUUUGACUUAACAAAAUACUUUCAGACGGACAUUUUGGAACAUUUUCAGAAACUGUAACAAUCAUGUGUGUCAAGUUUUUAUUAAAAAGAAGAAAAAGAGUAUAAAUAAUAAAAAAAGAUUCACACUGAAAAUAAAACAGGAAAUCGAGCAGGCGUGUGUUUGUUUCAUGAACACGAUGACUUAAUGUGUAACUCAAAGAAGAUAAAAUUCAAAACAACUUU